AUGAUAAUUUCUCUGGUUGAAAGCUAUCCGGAAUAUUUAGUAAUAAAUCUAGACAAGCUCGGUUACUGUGCUAGCUUGAAAAACCUUGAUUCAGUUUUGGAUCAGCCAAACUACAAGUUCUUACAGGGAGACAUCUGUGAUGUGCAGUUUUUAAAACAUUUCUUUGAAGUAGAAUGUGUAGAUGUGGUCUUACAUUUUGCUGCACAGACCCAUGUAGAUUUGUCUUUUUCAGAUUCCUUUAAAUUUGCCUGUUAA